UAGCUAGUAAUUUAAUAUCCCAAACUUCAAUUUCAAGCCGUCGGAUUACUCUGUUCACAUCGCCAGUCAACAAGUAAAAAGGAUGUGCCUAUCGUUCCGCUCGCCAAAACCUAUCCGAGUAGUUAAGCAGUGCGAGAAUUCAUCAUGUCGUCUGUGGUUUCGAUCAUUGUAUUUAUUUUGGCAGUGUGCAGGUCAAACGCCGGAGCAUCGUCGCCGGAGAUUUCGCGUCCGUUCGCCGUUGGACCUCGGUCGAUUCUGAGAUCAAUCGAGAGCGAUAAAGCUGAGAAGACUGAUUACGCUGUGCAAUUGAACGCCACGAGCUUCGAUUCAGUGCUUAAGGAAACUCGCGCUAGUUAUGUGAUUGUUGGAUUCUUCGCGCACUGGUCCCCUGCCUGCUGGAAUUAUAAACCGCAAUAUGAGAAGGUUGCUAAGCUUUUUAACGGAGAAGAUGCUGUUCACCCGGGGAUCAUAUUGAUGACAAGAGUGGAUUGUGCCUUAAAGAUCAAUACUGAUCUCUGCAAUAACUUCUCAAUUGUCUACUUCCCUAAGCUUCUUUGGGGCCCUUCUUCUAAGUUUGUGUUUGGGAAUUGGAAUCCAAAACUAGAUAAGAGUGAAAUACGUUCCAUUGGCAACGGACGUACUGCAGAACGACUGCUAAGUUGGAUUAACAAGCAACUUAAUAGUUCAUAUAGUUUGGAUGAUAAAAGGAUUACGAAAAUGAGCAGCAUGUUCAUGCAAAUACUUCCAGAUCCUGGACAGAUUGCAGAUGAUGGUGUAUACGAAGUUGAGGAGCAACCUCUACAGCUUUUGAAAUCAUUUUAAAGAAAGGACCUGAUUUCUUAAAGAAGACCUUGGUUUAAGUUCUUAAAGAUGGUAAUGAUCAACUUCAUACGGAUCUCACAUCUUUCUUCAAAUUAUUUAAUAUGCAUAUAUUAUCUAUAUUGUACACUUAUAAUAUACAGAUAAUGCAUAUUGUCUUGUUUGUUUAA